CACCUUCCUGUGCAAGAUCCUCUGGUGUGAUGGAGCCAGGCAGGGAAAAGGAGGAGUGUCUGGCCUACAUCCAAGCCUUCCUUGAAGGCAACAAAGAGGUGACUAGCCACUUGUCCAAGAGCUUCUUGCAUCCAGCCUGCCAGCAGGAGGUGCAGGCACACUACCCACAGCUCUGUAUGGCCCUGCUCUUUCGGCUAACCCACCUGGUCCAACCAGAACCUCAGGGCAUCAACUUCUUCUGGGGGGAGUACCGGAGCCAGAAGAUGCUCAUCCCAGCCACCCCUGUUAGGUCUGCAGUGGGUGACCUGAGAGCCUUGAUGCAAGGGGCUGGCUAUGUGGAGCAGAUCAUCUCCAUCCAGAAGCAGGGAGGCUGGGACAUGAUGAUGAGCUUUGAGGCACAUCACAGAGGGGUUGGCUUGCUUGCCAGAGCAAUGCGGAAGAACCCUGUUGAAGAGCGCUCCUGGAUGAUCCAUCACCUCCUGAAUGUCCUAAGGAGCGGGGACAAGACCCAGCACCUCUCAGCCUUGGUUUUCCUUGUUGAGGUGGUGACACUCCAUUACUUGCUGCCAGAGCUCCUUGAGCAGCUGAAGGAGGCAGACAGGGAUGUGAUUGCAAAAGCCUUGAUGGUCAUCAGGCACAUCCUCACCACUCUGGGCAGGCGGAGAGCCAGCCGGGCUGCUCUGCUAGUAGCUGAGAAGAUUCUGCCCUUCUUUGACGAUGUGUCUAGCCGGCUUCGAUUUCUCACCAUCUCCCUGUUUGGAGACCUGCUGAGGUUAGUGCAGAGGAUGGACAAACAGAGCAUGAAGAUGUAUGUCCUGAAGAGCCUUGUUUCAUUGUUCUUCCACUUGGAGGAUGUGAACCCCAAGGUGUCUGAGUCAUCUUGGGACACCCUCUUCACUGCUGCAGCACUUCUUGGUUGGACAGAGAUCCAGCCCCUUAUCCAGAGGAAGGAGACAUGGAAGAUCUGUGAGUGCCUGCUAAUGAGGAACAGGAGAAGAGCUGAUGAUUUCCUGAUAGAGAGCCUUGUCUACAUAGAGAGCCCUCAGGAUCCCAUCCGUGAAGCAGCGGUCAGGUUCAUUGGACUUGCUGCCCGGCAGAUAGAGGACCAGAAUGAGGAAAAGCUACACAAACUCUGCAGCAUCCUGAAUGACCUGCUUCUGGACCAGAAGCCCUCUGUCAGCACCCUGGCUUCUCAGACGCUCUUGAUUCUGAAGGUCACUUGGAACCAGCCAGCAGCAGGAUGCACCCUAGGGGCCCUCUUCACUGCCUGUCUCCCGUUCUGUGGGGGGGAUAGCCAUGGUGAAAGACAUGAGAAGCAGCAGCAGCCAGUGCCAUCAUGACUCACUUUCUUCCCCAUCAGCCUUUUCUCCUCCCUUUUGUUCAUAUUUAUGCUAUCACUUAUUUCCCCUGUAUACAGGCUGU